AUGGCGGGCAAGAAACACGAGCGCACCGCCUCGCAGGAGGACGUCCUGAAGCACCCGUCCACCAAGCGCGCCAAGGAGAUCGACGGGCCUGAUAACCCGUACGACGAGCUCCUGGAGCGCAUAUCAUCACCACCAUCCUCGGGCGCGAGCGCGGGAGACGGCAAGGACGGCGCAGCGAAGCCCAGGAACGUCCUGCACUGGUUCCGCAGCAAGGACCUGCGCGCCGACGACAACCGCGCGCUGCACGCGGCGUCGCAGAAAGCCCAAGAGGGCGCCGGCGCCCUGCUGGCCUGCUUCCUGUUCUCGCCCGAGGACCUCGAGUGGCACGGCACCAGCCCCGCGCGCGUCGACUUCAUGCUCGAGAGCCUGCGCCUGCUGCAGGAGCAGCUGGAGGGCCUGAACAUCCCGCUCGUGCAGCUGACGGCCGAGAAGCGGGCCGACAAGGGAGAGACGAUCUUGGGGCUGGUGCGGGAGCACGACGUAAGCCACGUGUUUGCGAACAUCGAAUACGAGGUCGACGAGCUGCGGCGGGACCUCGACCUCUUCGAGCGGCUGGGCGGGGAGGAGAACGGCGUCCAGUUCGUCCUCCACCAUGACCAGACCAUUGUCGAGCCCAGGACGCUCACCACGGGCGCAGGCGGACCGCUCAAGGUGUUCACACCGUAUCACAAGGCCUGGCUGGCCGAGGUGUCGGGCGAUCCUAGCCUGCUCGAUACGGUGCCAACCCCUGACGCCAACGACAAGUCCGUCAAGUCUGGCGACCUCAAGAAGCUCUUUGGCCAGCCGGUGCCCAAGGUGCCCGAGUCGAAACAGUUCCCGUCGACCAAGGACCGCGACCGCAUCCGCAAGCUGUGGCCCGCCGGGCACGCGGCCGGCAUGCAGCGGCUGCGCGAGUUCCUGGGCGACAAGGUGCAGACGUACGCGCAGAACCGGUCCACGCCGGCGGCCGACAACUCCAGCCGCUUGUCUGCGUACUUCUCGGCGGGGGUCAUCUCAGUGCGCGAGGCGCUGGGCGCGGCACGCAAGACCAACGGGGGCAGCGCCGACUUCUCGCAGUCGGGCGCGGAGGCGGGCGUGGCGUCGUGGGUGCGCGAGCUCGUGUUCCGCGAGUUCUACCGGCACAUGAUGGCGGUGACGCCGCACGGGUCGAUGAACCUGCCGCAGAACCUCAAGUUCGACUUUGUGCAGUGGGAGGCGGACGACGAGGGCUGGCGCAAGUGGUGCGCGGGCACGACGGGGGUGCCGUUCGUGGACGCGGGCAUGCGGCAGCUGGCCGCCGAGGCCUACAUGCACAACCGGCUGCGCAUGAACGUGUCGAGCUACCUCAGCCGGUCGCUGCUGCUCGACUACCGGCGCGGCGAGCGCUGGUUCGCCGAGACCCUCGUCGACUGGGACCUGUGCAACAACACGCAGGGCUGGGAGCCCAGCUACACCGUCUUCAACCCUGUGGCUCAGGCCGAGAAGUGCGACCCGCGUGGCGAGUACAUCCGCAAGUGGGUGCCGGAGCUCAGGGACGUCGAGGGCAAGGCCGUCUUCGACCCGUACCACCGGCUGAGUCGCGAGGAGUUUGACAAGCUGGACUACCCGCCGCCGCAUGUAGAUUUCAAGGAGAGCAAGGAGCGGUGCAUCCAGAGGUACAAGCAGGACAUGGCGGAUGCGGAUCCGUGA